AGCCCUCCACAGGGCCAACUUGUUUAAAAAAUUGAUCGACGUUGGAACUGCUGCUAUAGUAACAGUCACAGUUAAGCGGUGGUCAGGUGUCACUGGAACCCAGACAGCGAACAAACGAUCAAUACGGUGCAAGAGCAGAACAGGGCCACAUGGAAAAUUAUUAGUAUCGCUUCCCUCAGCGACAUGACCGGAAGAGGAGGUAUAAUGGCACAGGAAAAUAAUAUGAAGAGGGACGUCACAGGGCGUGGAAGCUGGUGGCUGGAAACAUUGAAAGACACACCCAUCCCGGGUCACUAUCCCAUCAGGAACUUUCUGGAAGAAGCAGCGCUGAACCCUGUGAGGAGGACCUAUGGCUUCAAGGCCCCGGGCAGGGAAGCCCGCAAUGUUUGGCCGCGCCGGGGGGAAAUGCUACUUCCAGGGGCCUACAACUACACGGACACCAUCCAGGAGGGCCUCAAGCGCCAGGCCUCCUGCUCGUUUAGGAGCUGCCCCCGCUCACACAACCUCACCCUUGGCAUCAGGGACAAGGAUAUAAAGACGUCUCCAUGUGACAACAAUCUGAUGGAGAAGCCCGUGGAGAAGACUCCUUGCAAGCAUGUGAUGUUUCGGUCUUCAGUGCAGCGGAUCAGCUUUCCGCCAAAGGAGGGGCCAGCUCCGGGCUGCUACAACCUGCAGGCUGCCGCACCCACCAAAGGAAUCACUUCCAGUUUUAAGUCAAGACUGCCACGGCUACACAGCGUACACUCAAGAACCCCAGGUCCGGGGUCUUACCUGCUUCCCUGGCAGUUGGGCCCACACCCUAACAUCGAAGCCAUGCCGACCCCAGGUCAAGGCCUCUUCUUCAGAGACUUAUUUUAGGUUGAAAAAAACCAAUACACCUCAACAGCUCAGCGACCUCGCCUGUAUGCAAGGCCUUCCCCUGAAUAAAACCAUUGUGACCA